AUGUGUGCUCCUGAACCCUGCAGCGGUCUUCUCCGGCAUUCAAGGCGAUGCUAUUUGGAGGACUCUGGGCAGAAUCAUGGAAGCCAUCUUCCUCAUCCGGUCUGUCUUGGAGACCGUGCCAUUGCCUCAGGACUCACCCCACAAUAUGUAAACCCUGUUCCAUAUCACGCACGGCAAUUUCGAAUCUGUUCCUUCAUCUCCGUCGACAGAGGAAGUAUACCGCAUCCUUGUGUUGGCGGACAAAUACGCCCUAUCUCGGAAGCUCGGCCCCUGGGUUUCGCGAUGGCUCAAGGCUAUACGAGACAGAUCGGAAGAAGAGUUCAGGACAGAAGAAAGAGUGUGGAUGAUGCGUAUUGGCUGGAACUUGGUGUUGAGAAGUUGUAUUUGAUGCAGUUUAAAGACUUCAUUCUUCGAGCUUGUUUUGUCCCAGCUCCUGCUGAAUCCGAUCAGGUUGAGCAAAGUGGAAGCGAGGAAGCAGCUACAACAAAAGAGGAAGGAUCGGAACAGCAGACUAGGUCUGGAGACACCAGCCAAUCCCAAAACGAGGAAAUCAAAGAGUGA